AUGGGGCCGCAGGGCGCGGGCGGCGGCGAGGAGGGCUCGGGCGAGGCGCGGGCGGCGCGGCGGCCGGCGCCGCUGGACGGGGGCGCGCCGGAGGCGGCGCCCGAGCAGUGGUUCACGACGGCGCUCGAGCUCGCCCACAGCGACAUGCGCGCGCACCUCCGCCCGCAGGACGUCCGGCAGCGGGUGAGCGAGGCCAUCCGCGGGCGCGUCCACAGCGCGGAGAUCGGCCUGGCGGACGAGCUGCAGGCCAUCCGCAAGGACGACGUCUCGGACCUGAGCGCCGCGUUGCGGCAGCAGGUCCAGCUGCUGCGGCAGGACCUGGAGGCGCACCGGGAGGAGCCUGGACUCGCUGGAGGGCAUGCGGAAGAUUGUCCAGCAGCACUUCGUGCAACAAGGGCCCCCAAGGCGGCGCCGCAGGGAGCCCCCGCUCGGCGACGGCGGGGCCCGCGACGACGAGGCGCGGAGCCCGUCGCCAGCGGCGCCCUCCGAGGAGAGCUGCUGGACCAGAUGGUGCAGAGGUGUGUGGGCACCAGGAGAGGCGGCAGCACCACCGCGACCACCGGCGGGGUCACCUCCGGCGCGGGGUGA